UAUGCUAAGAGCGAAUAUAUAUGCUAAGAGCCACUAUAUGUAUAAACGAGUCACUAUAAGCGAACUAGAACAAUACUUUUAUACAUAUUCCACUCUUUGCAUUUUUUGGAAGCACGUGACAUGAAGAAAAGACAAACCAGCCAUGCUUUUCAAUUUCCCUGUAGUUGGAGUAUGGAAUAGUAAGACUCACUUUGACUUUAACACUCGAAAUGUACACAAUGCACCCCUCUCCCAUAUCCAUCUUACUGCCACAACCCCCACUCCGCCUCAAAAGAGGAUUAAUGUUUUGCAUUUUUUUGGAAGCACGUCAGAUAAAGCAAAGACAAAUAAAUCAUUCCCAAUUGUUAGGCUGUAGUUGGAGUGUGGAAUAGUAACAUUACCGUUGAGUUAACUUUCGGUGGUUACAUAAUUACAACGGCUGUAUGUUCCAAUUAGAGCCAAUCUUUAUUUAAGGAGAACAAAACUGAAUGUGCUGUGAAACAGAGUGCAGAGGAAACGGAUACAAUAGGAAUGAGAGCACUGAAAGCUUUUGCAAGAAUGACAGGUUUUUACUCACGGAAAAAUGUCUUGCGCCGCAGUGCAUUGUGGAUUUACAAGAACACUUUUGAUGAUAUAGACUAUGAAUCUUUCUUCAGAGUGUGCAAGCUGCCCGACUCAAUGCAUUCGUGGUUCCUCGUAGCCCACCUCCACAUGUGGCUGGUGAUGGUCAGACUGAGGAGAGAGGGGGAAGACGGACAGUUUCUGACCAAGCAACUGGUGGAAAUGUUCUGGGAAGACGUGAAGCAGAGACCACGGGCACUCGGGGUUCACUCAAGUUCACUGAUUGCUAAGAGUAUGAGAGCCUGGAGUGGCAUGUUCUCCGGACUCAUUGUCGCCUAUGAAGAGGGGCUGCUCCUGAGUGAUAAGAUACUAGCAGCGGCCAUUUGGAGAAAUCUGAUAGGGGACAAGGAGGCGGUGAGUCUGACUGACCUAGAGACGAUGGUCUGCUACAUUAGGAGUCAAGUGAAGCACAUGGACACCAUAGACUCUGAACUGCUCCUGAGAACUGGGAGGAUAAAACUCCUUCCCUGCACCCUGACACCCAUCACAUAAUGGAGUAUCACAUCGCUGUCUAUUAUUCAUUCCGUGUCUAUUGUUAUCUUGCUAGUGUAGGAAAUGUAGGUGAGGUGUAAUUCAUAGCAAGGCAAGCCCUUCUGC